UAAAAAUUUUAAAAACACCUACUAAAUUUUUUUGAGAAGCCCCUCCUCCAUAGGACCCCAUCCUUAGUGAUUCCUACUAUCGGUCUCUACUGUCUCAUAACAUCGGAUUUUAGCAACCCUAAACCCCAAUAUCUUCGGACCCAGUUUUAUUUUAAGCAACGGUAGGGUUUUGGUUCGUCUUAUUUGAAAUCAUUUCAGCUGUGGGUAGGGUUUUCGUAAUUUUUUCCUGCAAGCAUCGUUGACAGCAGGACACAAUUUGUGCAGAAUCUGGAGUUUUGCAGGGAAGACGUUUGAGAGGUAACGAAGAUGCAGAUAUUUGUGAAGACCCUUACGGGCAAGACAAUCACACUAGAGGUUGAAAGCAGUGACACAAUCGACAAUGUUAAGGCUAAGAUCCAGGACAAAGAAGGCAUCCCACCAGAUCAACAAAGGUUAAUAUUUGCGGGAAAGCAGCUAGAGGAUGGCCGUACACUGGCCGAUUACAACAUCCAGAAAGAAUCCACUCUGCACCUAGUGUUGCGUUUGCGAGGGGGAAUUAUUGAGCCUUCUCUAAUGGCACUGGCAAGAAAAUAUAACCAAGACAAAAUGAUUUGUCGGAAAUGCUAUGCUCGGCUACACCCAAGAGCUGUAAACUGCAGGAAAAAGAAGUGUGGGCACAGUAACCAGCUGCGACCAAAGAAGAAAAUUAAGUAGAUUUGAAGCUUGGAGUAUGUUGUUGAAGGCAAAUCAAACUUUUGUUGUUCACCUUCAAUCUAUGUUGACUUAAAUUGAAUGCCUGUUCACAAUUUUUCUCUUUGAAGUUAAGCUCUCUGACUUUGGAGAUUUAAUGCAUAAUUUAAAUGAUCUACUAGUACAAUAUGACCGUAGUAGAGUUUUCUGAGAUCCACUCUACAAUAUGAUUUGCAAUUUGUAAUUGUAGGAAACUGGAAGUCCAAUUUCUACCAUUGUUGGAAACUUAUUUUUCUGUUUUUCUAUCUAAAUGAUGUGUGAAAUCCAAACAUAAUAUUGUUAGUAUUCAAUGUGUCUAAUUUCAUAAGCAGUGAGGAGCUAUCUUCGCGGGCUUUUAAAUGUUGAAAUCUCAUUUUAAUUAAAUUUAACUUUUGUGUUUCAUUUCUAA